CAGGCGAGGCGGCCAAUGGGCGGCGGGGACGGACGGUGUGGGCCAAUGAGCGACGGGGGGCGGGCCCUCUGUGACACGCUGUUUCCCGCAGUUGAUGUGCUGCUGAAGGCUGUGGGCGACACCCCCAUCAUGAGGACCAAGAAAUGGGCGGUGGAGCGGACCCGGACCAUCCAGGGCCUCGUGGACUUCAUCAAGAAGUUCCUCAAGCUGAUGGCCUCCGAACAGCUGUUCAUAUAUGUUAAUCAGUCUUUUGCUCCAUCUCCAGACCAAGAAGUGGGGACCCUCUAUGAGUGUUUUGGAAGUGAUGGCAAGCUGGUACUGCAUUAUUGCAAAACUCAGGCUUGGGGAUGAAUGACUGGCAACACAGUUGGUCAGGUGUUCUCCUCAAAAAUGGAGAAAGGACUAACUUAAAUUCAAGUUAUAAAUACACAGAAAGAGGGAUUUUUGCAUUGCUGCCUAUGAACAUAUGAUGCAGGUGAAUAGCAUACACAAAGAGCUGGCUAUGCUAUAUGAUCAGGCUUUUUUUCGGAUGUACCUUUGGGGUGCAGGAAAAACACCUGUAUUUGCCAUGCAGGGUAGAGCCAGCACUUUCGCUGCUGGCUACUUAAUUGCUGUAUCUGAAGGGAAACUAUUUCAGUUGUCUGCAGGACUGACUGGACAGCACUGAUUAUAUGCUGUACUGAAGAUAUGAGAACCUUUUUAUUAAAAGUAAUGUCUGUUGUACAUGUAGCCUGGGAUUCCAUUUACUUCUGAGGUGUUGUGUGUUGUGUCCUUUUUGAAAUUUUCAUCUUGAAUGUGCUUUAUCUCAUAUCAUUUCAAGACAGUAUUUUGAUUUUUUUUGUGUAAUAUAUAGGAAUGGGUAUAUAGUCUAAUUACCCUUUGCCUUCAUUAUGUUGGCAAUGUGAGUGCCUCGUUUAUAAUGGCACAGUAUCAGAAGUCUCAGAAUACUUCCCUCGUGCACAAAUUUUGUAGUGAUUUUUUUGAAGGGUCAACACUUAGCAGCUUUUAAGGUGUUUCUGCUGAUGCUAUUUAAUGACUUGCAUCUUUAAUUGAAUGAUGUGACUAGCUGUAGCAUCUAGACUUCAUGAAGAAGUAGAUAUGAGGUGCUAAAAAGUCUGUAUAUUCUCUUUUUGACUGUUGUUAAUUUUCAUGUUUCACUAGCUGUGUAGAAUGCAGUUUAUAUUCUUUUACCAAAUCAUAGCAGUGAGGAUUGAGUAGAGUUUUUUUUCAUUAUGGAGAGAACUUGGUACCUUGAGUAGGGUGCUGACCUUUGCUUUUAUGUAUUGGGAGUUUGGGUGUGAGGGGUGGAGAUUUUUAGUGGAGUUACUUGAAAUGUCUGUUGUACAGUCUUUUAUGUUUGUUUAAGAUGAAACAAAUUAAACAUUAGUUGUAUGCUUGCAGAA